CUGAUGGCGUCACGACAAGAUCUUCCAACUUCCUCUUCUCAAUUCAACACAACCACACUCGCUCUCUGUCUUCUGCAACAUCGUGUGAAGACCUUGCUCACAGAUUAACCCGGUCAUCGAUUAAUUCGUCUGGAGUUACAAAUCGUCUACAACUAGCUGCCGCCAUGGAGGCCGCGCCUCUCACUUUGGCUCAUACACACGCUCGGAACGCAGUGAUUGAAACUCGCAAGUCCAACCCUGUCGCAGCAAGCGAAGAACAUGAUCUUGCCGCGGGCGAGUUUGCGACUGCAGCCCAACACAGCUCGGACCGUGAGGCACUUCGGACCCUCCAGCUACUGGAACAACACCAUAAGAAGCUCGCGCAGAUCCUACGGUUUCAGCAUGAGAACCCUUCCAACUUCGCCUCGACUCAGGCGAACACCCAACCCUUGUCCGCAGAGACGGGUGGCUCUACCAGAACGUCGACGGCAGGGGCGGACGCACAGCAGCAACCCCCGAGGCUAUCGAGACACCCUCGACUACCAUCGCGAGAGUCUUCUUCCAUUGUUAGCAACCUAGCAUCCGCUCGUGGCAUUCCGUCGCAACCUCGUCGCUCCUCCCCGGCGUCCCCAACGCUCACGUCCCAGCAGGCAGGGGCGAAAAUGACCGACGGCCCAGCCAAAGUCCGAACCAGCGAGUCGAGACUACGUGGGGUGCAAGCCCAUGGGAUGAAGGAAAGGGCGAGUCGUCCAUCGACGUCGAGACAGUCACGUACUCCGCCCCUGGCGAGUCCUACCGAGAUCACCUCGCAGCAGUUUGCGCCGCCUACUUCAUCCGAGGCCUCUCACCAGAGAAGCAGGACUUCAAUGACCGAAGAACCAUUCCAAAAAUUUUACUCUACGUUUGAGGGCUUGAUCUCGAAGAUUUCGGCGCCCCUUGCAUUUGCUGGCCUGCCACUUGGCUCUGAGGCGUCGGAAGCAUCAGCCCACCGCAAAUCCGCCCCGGACACCCGCACUGACCGCUACAACGCGAUGUCCGACCGCUCCCACCACUCCGCGGACCCGGAUAUCAACAAGAUCUUCUCGAAAGCCGCUCUGCAGGCGAUCCGUGACACGAGCGGCACCGGACCUACCGGAAAUCCAGCGGAGUCAUUCUACGUUGUGCCUACCACCGGCGGGACGGUCUCGUACGCGGGGAUCUUGACACGAGCCGAAAAGGAGGCUCGCCGAAGCAGCUUCGACGAGGGCGAUGAGGAUUUUGUCGAUGCGCGGGAGACCCCGUCCUCGCCGGAACUCCGUCAGAGCUUGUCCGGGAUGCAGGGCAUCAGCAAAGCAGGACGAGGAAACGACAAGUUUUCCAGUCCCCAGAACCCCAAGACGAUGGAGGAGCUGCAGAUGGAGAACCAGGUGUUGCGGCAGCUGUCCGAUAACCUGUCGAAGCGGUUGCACAUGUGGGAAGUCAAUGCACAGUCGUCGUCGAUGGCCUUACAGCAGUCCCUCAAGGCGAUGCACCACCCGAACGCCCUUUCACCAGACCACCCGGCUCCAAGCUCGUCGGCUGCUAUGUCGCCUGUGGUGGAAGCAUCGGCGUCACCUGCGGCGGAACACGAGAAACGCAUCAAAGAACUGGAGGAGGCCGUUCGACGCAGUGAGGAGGCGAUGGGCGAGAUAGGGCGGGAGAACGAGAAGUUGCGAGCUUACAGCGAGAGACUGCGAGAUAAAAACGAGCAGUACCGAGAUCGUUGGGAGAAGCUGAAAGAGGGAGCCAGAAGAAAACGAGCGCCCGAGGGGUCGGCUGCGAACGGUGGAACUGCUGCCGUGCCACAGCCUUCGAGAAACCCCAGCUCGCAGGGAGACGAAGCCACUCGGACCAAAGCCGAAGGGGAGGUCGAUAAUGACACCAUAAGCGAUGAAGCCGAGACGAAAGCUGAGGGUCCGAAUGACGGUGAGAACCAGUGAUCUCUAGGUGAAAAGUGUUUCAUGUCAUUUACUCUUACAGUACUGAACUCACCAGGUGUUAAAUACAUAGCCAUGGUUCUUUAGUGCAAAA